CUUACACCCUCUCUAUGCCCUAGCAGAACUCCAUUGUUGUCAGCACUGCCAUUCCAAAUCGAAGAAGAAGACCAGAGCACCUCCAUUCUACAACAGAGACAUUUCUCUAAUUUAAUCAAGUCGUUGCUUCACUACCCGUAGCCCACCAUUGUUGUAUGCAUCUCGUUGUCCACUAUCCAUAGCCCACCAACGUUACUCCACAGAGAACAGAGGAAUGGCCACUGUGCAUAUUACUCUGUGUAUUAAUCAUAUGGGGAGAUUUGAGCGAGGUCCAUGUGGAAAGCUUGGGUAUGUUGGUGGGGAAGUAACAGAGAUUGAGAGGGUUAAUGUGGAUACUCUUAAUGAAUUUUUCAUAAAUGAUUUGCUAAGAGACAUUGGAUAUACAUUCGUUACUGAUUUUUAUUGGCUAGAACCUGGUAAGGAGCUUGAUAAUGGGUUGAAAUUGUUAAGGGUUGAUAUGGACAUAGUUAAGUUGUAUGAGGCUGCUGUGAAGAAUGGUAACAGAAUUUACUUAUACACAGAGCACCCUGUAAAUGAUCCUGUUAUCGUUGAAGAGAAUAUCACUCCAUCAAAGAUAAGAUUGAAGACUUGUGCUAAGAGAAAUCCAACUCCAAAGAAGACUCCAAGAAGAAGACUUAUGGAUGGUGAGGUCCAGAAUAGGAAAGAGGUCCAUGAAGCAAGCAGCCAGAUUGAGGUUGAGUCCCAAAAGGAGGAUGUUGUUAAUGUGGCCCAACAAAGAUCUCCAGCAAAACAGAUGUCUCAGCCUCCCACAACACAUGUGCAACCAGAUGAGGCACCUUCCAAUCAAUCACAGCCUUCGCAAAAUCCCAUUGAACAAGAGCAGCAACCAAUACAUACUGCUGGUUCAACAUCUCCAAGUGCAGUUUUGGUCUCAUUAUCUAGUGAGAACGAGGCCCAAGCAGCUGAACAAGUAACCCAAUACAUUCCACAACCAUAUAAAAACCCACUUUCACAAUCAAACCCUGAAUCAGACCCAGUCUCACCAUCUGAUACUAACAGUACUCCUCAGAACAAUCAGACCAACAUAGAUGAGCAGGUUGAGGGAAGACCUAAAGUGAGCAAGAGAAGAUCAGCAAAAAGGCCUUCCUCAACUGGACAAUCCUUCAUACCCAAUCCUGAUCCUGACAAGCCUCCAUCCAUCUAUGUGCCUAUUGAGUCAGAAGAAUUUUCGGAUGAAAAUGCUGGAUACCAUUGUUAUAAAUCCGAAGAAUUGAGAAGCAUAGCAAGUGAUGAAGAUGCUGAUCAGCCUCCAGUCUUUCCUCAAAGCAAUGCUGAUGCUCCUAUUAGCCAAUUGUUUAGUUGAUGAAAACUACUUAUUUUGCUGUAUUACUUCAAUCUUAUUUUAAUCUGAAUUAGACUUUUAGGCUUAUUUUUUUGGUAUGUUUCAUGUAAUCAAGAGAGAUGACAGACUCUUCUAUUUCAUUCUGUUGUUAUGAUGUUCUGAGCACAGUCUCUAGACUCUUUAAUUUUAUUUUGGUAAUAUAAGGUACUCUUUAACAAAUACUACACUCUUGUGUUUCUCUAUGAAUCCACAAUGUAUCACAAGCUGAAGUUUGUUUUAA